UCGUAUUUUCCUGCUCGGUCUGCUUUAGCUGUUGUAUCCACGAAGACAAAGAUAAUGGCGGCCAACGUGUGGGAUUGAUUGUUUUUAAUUUCGCCUAAUCCCUGGUUGAUUGUUUACAAACGUCGGACUGGACAUGAAUCUACCUUCAGUUUCUUUGAAAACCUUCCGAAAUAUGCAGUGACUGGUUUCUUCAACUCCAAGUUCUCAGAAAUGGCGGAUCCGGGCCGCAAUACUGAAAGGAAAAGACCAAUAGAUGACAUUAUAGACCAUAUAACAGCAGAUUUGCAAGGUUAUGAUGGCCAGUAUCAUGUUCUGGGUCAACCACUGCCAUCUCCUACAAACAGCUGGCCAAAUCAACAAACUUCUAUCUUCCUGCAAAAUCCACAAACCCAAAUAAACCUACAGGUAGACCAGUCUCACAUUAAGGUUUCAGAAAUAAAUACAUAUUAUUAUCCAACAUCUCAGUUGAGCAACAGCAAUAAUUUCAUUCCAUUCAAUGGUGUCAACAAUAAUGACAACCAAUUCAAGUCCCGGCCUACCACCGGCAUCGGAUCAAAUCAGAACAUCAACUUUCCGCCGUAUCGGCAGCAGGAGUAUGGUCUCUUCAGUGAUAAACAGGAGGAAGAGAACCGAAGUCCCACCAGCACUAGUCGGCAACUGAUUGACCAUUUGGUUGGUAAUUGGAUGCCGAAUCAAACAGGGACAUACAGCCCAUUUGGUUCACCAGCAGCCAGCCCUUCACCAGAGUCGAAGGAGAUCCACGACUCUUUGAAUCAAAACAGUUUUGGUCCAAGUCGAGCAGGAAUUAACUCAACCAUCAAGAAGCCAAGGAUGGUGGCGGAGGUGAAACCGAUGCGGCUGUCUUAUUCUGAUGUUCUCACAAAAUCUCUUCCAGCUACGGCUUCAUCUCCAUCGACUAAUGGUUCAUCUGCCAAAGCUUCCAGUACUACCAAAUCUGACAAUGGUAGUCGUUCAAAAGCAGCAAAAGGCAAAAAAGACACUACCUCUGGCAAGACAAACCCAGUCCUCAAGAGACAACACUCGUCAGGCAGCGAUGAACACAACAGCUCCGGGAACAUCCCUCAUGGAGGGAAGGGUGGCUGUGAGAAAAAAUCCCACUCCCCAGGAAUCAGGCGGUGGAUAUCAUUGGACGAUUUGAACAAAACCCCAUCGCAAGAUUCAUUUUUCAAUAUAGCGUCGGAAAUAGAUAACAACAUUGAAUUUUUGCAGAAGAAACCCUCCAAGAAAAAUGCAAGCUCUGACAAAAAAUCAAAAGCAGGAAAAACCACCAAUGAGGAUAAAAAGGACAUUUUGAACAAUAAAUUAGGCAGUGUGAGCAAUCGAAAGAAGCCUCUAAAUAUCAACAGCAACAAUCUGCAGUGGGGCGUGAGUGGACAGACAACUGAAAAGAUCCCCACUAAAACAAGCAAACAGGAUGAAAGUACCAGAAAAUGUGGCAAAAGUGAAAUUGGAAGUGGACCUAAACCAAAAGGAAGCGCUCGUCUUGCUUCAAGUAUGUUCAAGACAUCCUCCAAGAAAUCUCAAAGGACUGUGAAAAAUAAGGAUGUACAGUCAGCCUCUUUUUAUGUACUUUGGAAUCACUGGCAGUCUCAGUCGCAGAAGUAUGCUAUGUUCCUGUGUUCCUGGUUCUUCCAUCUCCUAUCUGAUGUGGUCGUUAUGAGCUGGCAACUUACGCUUCAUCUAAUGGUCACGUCGAUGGAAUUAAUGUGUAUAUGGUUAUUAGAGGCAAAAACAGAGCUUAAAUCAAUGGUUUUGAACUGGCGAUGGUGGAAGAAAAAAGAUAAGAAAAAGGAAAAGGACUCCCAUGAAAAAAUCUUGAGCUCCAGCAAAAGAACAUCAACUUUAUCUUCAAACAUUUCUCUUCCUGCAACAGGUGACGAAGCAAUGAAGAGACUGCUUGCGUGCAAAGGAAAAGAUCCCUAUAGUAUACUAGGUGUCACAAAUGAGUGUACAGAUGAAGAAAUCAAGAAGUAUUACAAGAGGCAGGCUGUGCUAGUGCAUCCAGACAAGAAUAACCAGCCAGGGGCAGAGGAAGCUUUCAAGAUCCUUGUGCAUGCUUUUGAACUAAUCGGUGAGCCGGAACGACGUGCACAGUACGAGCGGCGCUUGGCCGAAACGGAACAAGUGGAGCAGGCCUGGAGCGAGAUGAAUGACUUGCUCUCUCAGCUACACACUAAAAUGGAGUACGCAGCCAAUACAAUUCGGUGCACCAAUUGCGGGAAGCGGCAUCGUCGCCAGCUUGUGGACCGGCGUCACUAUGCGGCUCGAUUCUGCUCUCAGUGCAAGAUCUACCAUUCUGCACGGGAGGGAGACAUUUGGGCGGAAAGCAAAUUGUUAGGAUUGGUGUGGCACUAUUUUGCAUGUAUGGAAGGCUGUGUUUACAACAUUACUGAGUGGGCGGCUUGUCAGGCCGACAACCUGCGCCACCUCAAGGCAAAUAGCCACUCAGUCCAGUACAGGAUAGUCGUGGGGAAGCAGCAGCAACAGACAAACGUGCCGAAUACUCAUCACCAUCACCAUCACCACCAUCACCACCACCAUCAUCAGUCUAAUCGCACCAAUUCGGAGCACGAUCUCGAAGAUUUCCUAAAUAGUCUCUAUAAUAAUCCAGAUGGAGCAGAUUAUUCGCGCAGUCGUAAGAAAACAAAACGCAAGAAGUGAAAUCUUUUUUCAAAGCUUUUAACCACUUUAAACCCUGUUUUUUGUUGUGCGACUCAAAUGUGUAUUUUUGUCCUCAAAUUUUAGUCCAUUUGGAAACAUCUAAUGUAAGAUUCUUACUAAUUGAUUAAGAUGGAAACGUUCAUUUUUUUUGCUUGACAUGAAUCGUCUAUUUUAGAAACCAAGCAUCUACAUGCAACACCUGAAACUGAAAUGAGAAUAAACUAAGUUUUGCGUUUAUCUAGCGAAUAAAAGCCAGUCAGUACAUUUUAAGAUAGCAAUAUUUAUUUGUAGUUGUAAAGAGAUUUCUUCUCUUGUUCAAGGUUCUUUCAUUAUUUUUAGAGUUUCAGUUCCUCUAAGUAAUAAUAUUUUUCUUUCUUUGACAUUAGCAUAACUUUUAGUUUACCCUGAUUUUGAGUAAAAGCAAAUAAAGUUUCUAUUUCUGUAUUUGUUUUACUAAAGUGCUGCUUAUGAGUUUAGGCAGCUAAAAUCAUAGCUGGCUGAAGUGGAAAAAUCACUCUUCUCAAUUUUUCAAGUGCACAUGUCACGAGCCAAUCCCAAUUUUUGGCCAAUUACGAUUAGCCUGAGCUAGUUGCAAUCAACCAGGGUAGGUUUGAAUGCGCCCAGUCUUUCUUGGAUUUGUCGCAUUGUGCGUCGGUAGAUUGCAUUCGGUCAGAGCAUUUUGUGAUUGGUCUGAAGGAUAAUGGGCCAGCUUACUGGAAAAUUAAAUUGUGGACCAUGGAGGGAAUUGUAGAAAAUGAAUUAAAUUGAAGAAAAAAAAACAGAUCAGUGCCUGUAUUACUUGUUCAAGAAAGUUCAGGGCAUUUCAAAGACCACAGCUUUGCAUUUUUUUUGCGUACGUACACCUAUUGAUGACGGCAACCUUCAAAACUGUUGCAGAGCAAAAACCCCUCACCUUGAAAAUUUGAGAUGACUUGGCUGACAGAAAGUAAAGUAACCGCUUUUUAUCAUCAUAUGCAAGAAAAUAAGAAGUUGUAAUUACUUUUGUAAGAGCGAUUCCUGUGAAUGAGAUUCAACCUCUCCCAGUUUCUUCCCCGUCAUUUUUCAUUUUGAUUUGCGCUUGUGAAGAUUAGCCAAAAUUUCAGCCUUGUGAAACAAUCAAAAGAUUGUCGGAGUAUCAUAGUCAGAAAAUUUGAUUAAUUGUAAAAUUGUCUCAGACAUUAAUUCGCCCUUAGUUAUAAGCGGCUCAAAAAUAAACUAAGUGCACAAUUUGUCUGUAUCUGUUUGCACCAUUGAAUUAAAUGUAAAAUUCUGCCUCCAUUUUAGAAAUUGUGCAUUCACCUAAGAUAAGGGAAGUUUCCUGUUAUAUUUUUUGCCAAGUAAUUGUCAGUGAUAGGCUUUUUUUUUCAUGACGGAAGCUUUUUAGCUGUGUAUAAUCAUUUUUGCACUUCAGUCAUCUAUGACAUGCAUGAUUGCAUCAUUAAUCCAGCAGAUACUUGGUGUCUUAAAUAAAUGAUUUCAUCAAUUAACAAGGUUUUGUUGUCUUUGUGUCAUUCACUUCAUCAAUUAAUGUGACUCUAGGGCUCUAUGUUAAGACUGUAUUCUUCAAAGUGUCUGCCAUAGCACCUUCACAUGCCAAGAUUUUUUCGCCUUGUCUUGCAAGAAGUACAAGUGAAUGGCUUGAUCCAAAUUUUCCCUCUCUGUGAAUGUGCAUUUGGUCCAGAUUUUGUAAUAUAACUAUGACAGUGGAUAUAGAGCAUGUUCUUCCCAAAACUAAUUUCAAACAGCUCAUCCUGGGCAAAUUUAUCAAUAAGGAAAUUCAUUGAAAUCAGCAGCCCCCAAAAUUAAAAUUAGAAAGCCAUUCCUCAUUGAAUGGUGAUUUUCAAGCUUCCAAAUGUCAUAAUUUCUCCUCUAUUCUUGAGAAGAAUUUAUUGGCUCGUUGAUCCACUUUAUUUUAUCAGCUUAAUUUAUAAUGAUUCAGUGAACCCUUAAAAAUAUAUAUAUAUAUAUCCAAGUCUUGCAGUUUUCUUCUGGUCUCAUACAAAUUUAGGCAGUCUGGAUCAAAGCUGGCUGACUUCGAUGAGUACAGUCCCAGGAAUCAAGUCACAUUAGCCUUUGCCAAAUUUCAUUUGACAAUUUAUUUUUACAGGAGAACGAUUGUGUGGAUUCUCAUGAAAAUUGUAGGGGCUUUUCUCACCAACACAAAGCACAUUCCCUGAAAUUUUCCGAACAAUCAGUCCUACUGUUCCUCUGUUUAAACAAAAAUAAUAAUAAUAAAUCGUUUGUUGAAAUUUGGCAGCAUGGCUCAUGUGACUUGGUUUUUUUCUGCCUUAUACGGUUCAAUAUCUCUUUGUCUGUUUUUUCAGGUGUGAUAUUAACAGCAACACUUUGGUCUUUUUCCGCUCAAUUUACCUGUCAGUCCUUUUUUCUCCGGAAGACUGAUGUUUUACUAUUAGCCUCUCUAUUUUGCAACAGUGUAUUGCCUAAUGAAAAAAAGUAACUUGUACGGACCGAAAGUCUUCCCAUCCUUACACUCCUCGAGCCCUGGUUUCGCCUAUUGUUGUUUCUAUUUUUAAGUUUUAUUUUUUAACAAUCCGCAGAACUAAUCAUUUAAUGUCUACAGAAGCGUCAUUUAAUUUUGGUAUCAGUAGAACAAAAGGCAUUCAUAAGGAAAUGUCUCAGGAGUUCACUUUAAAUUCAGUUUCUAAUUCUUCCUGACAGAAUUUUACAGUUGAUCAGUACAGAAUAAUGGAUGAAUUUUUCUGAAUUGACUCCUUCAUGUCAGCAAAGUGCAUUUUUCUCUCUUCAAAACAAUGAUUCCAAAGUAAUUUUGGCAGAAGGAAAUGGACGCAUUUCUGCCAAACGGAACUAUGUGCAUUGUGAUGUGAGCCGUCUUAUGCAUAAAUUCUAAUGGGCCUCAGGGCUCAUGUCUUAAUGCGCAUAGUUCUGUUUGGCAGAAACACGUCCAAAUGUCAGUCUGAACCAGACCGAGUUUAAUAGAAAUGGACGUAUUUCUGCCAAACAGAACUAUGUGCAUGAUGACAUGAGCACUGAUAUGCCUAUAUUUUUAUGGGUCUCAGGGCUAAUGUUGUAUUGCUCAUAGUUCCGUUUGGCAGAAAUACGUCCAAACGUAUAAGUUUGAACCAAGAAGAGGAUAAUUGAAGCCUUUCUGGCUUAGACUCAAUGUUAAGGACAAAAAUAACACCUAUUUGUAUGUUCAAAAUAUUUUUUCUCAACUUGCAACUUGAUGCGUUUCUAUUGAACUCCGUCCAAUCGUUUUAUGUUUUCCUUUUGGCAGUCAAAUAAUCAUGUAACCCACAGGCUUUUCACUAUUAAACUAAUCCAUUAACUGAACCAGUAAACAAAGAAACAAGUCAUGUGUAAUUUUCUCACAGCUACAGUUUUUAGGGAAAUGCAAGUGUUCAGACAUAAAAUUAGGAAAUAAAUUCUUAUGGAAGUCAGUCUAGUGAGGCAGUCAUUUCAGUAUAGAUUUCAAACAUAAGUCCUGGAAUUGGCAUGUUCGCGGUAUGCAAAUGGGAGUUUUGUCUGAGUAGUAUCGUAACAGAGCAGAAAAAACAGGAAGGUAAAACAACUUUUUCCUCUAUGUUAGAUUCCUUAGUCCUGUGGUUGGGAAAGAAGAGAGGGUUGUAUUGCUCUAAAUCUGUGGGCUCAUUUUGCAAAAGCUUCGCACAAACUUCUGUAUUAAGUGUAAAAUACAACAGAACAGAUUGUCCCUUACUUUAGCUUAAUCUUGUGGCGCAUUUUUUCAGCGAUAAUUAUGAAAGGCUGUGAUCUCAUAAUGCAAUGCUGUAAGAGCCAAAAAGUAAUUUGUCAAGACUGUAAAAGAUUACAUGGAGCCGCUCUGAAGAUAUUCCUAAUUUGUCAGAGUACGCUGCCAAAUCAUGAGAAUACUUUUUACUCCAGGUUUAGGUUUUUGUGAAGAUAACCAUAAGUCGAAGUGACCUUUUAACAUCUCAACAGCACAGAACAGCCUUAUUGUACAGUGUCAUUUCUAUGCAGCAGAUUUUCCUUGAAACUUUUUGACUUUCAAUUAUUGUUUACGCCUUUGAUGUCAGGAACCCAAAAUUAGGCAUUAGAGUUAUCAUCUUAAAUAUUUUUUCUGUCAAAGGCAAAUUUUUAUUUUUUGGCACUUAUUUGAUGGUCUAUACAAGUUUGAUGAAAUGACUCGCCCUUCACUCCUUUUUAGGUCAUGGAGAGAUUUUUUUUUAUUUUGUGUUCCAUUUUUUCAUCUUAUGCUUGUAUAUAUAUAUUGAAUAGACAAUCAACUCCUGAUAACUAUUUUUCAGUCAGUGUUGUUUUUGAUUUCAUCUAUCAGGGAUUGAAUUGAGUGAAGAUUCAGUGAUAUCAAGUUAAAAGGUUUGUGUACCUUAACUUAAACAAGGUUUAAAACUAAACUCAAUAUUCCUUCCUUGAAAAAAAAAAAUGGACGGAUCGAUUUGAAUCUGCCUAACUAAUUAUGGCAAUUUCUAAUUUUUCCUAUGUUUUAUUUUUUGAACAGUAAACUGAGCAACACUGGAACUUGGAAUUUUGUCAAUAUAUUCUAUAUUUUCUAAGGUACAUUCACAGAAAGUGUAGAUGCGUUAAGUAGUCUAGUUCUGUGUUAAAAAAAAUAAAAAAACCAGAGAAAAUUACAAAAAUUGAAUUGCUGUCAGGCUUAUUCAAGUCCAAUCCGUCCAUUUGGCCUCUUCAAAGCCUCAUCAACUGAGAGGAUUUGAGUUCAGUUUGACCUUAGAGUUUCUCCUAAUUUUAUCGUUUUUUGUGAUUCUUUGUAAUUAUAUAAUUAUAUCAUGCUGAUAAUGAAGAA